GGCCCGGCGCGGUGCCCCGGGCUGUGCGCACCCUCAGCCGCGGCGGGCGGUACCAGAAACCGCCCCUUUUGUGUUUGGGGCCGGCCGGGCCGCAGUUCAAUGCUCGGCGGAACUGUGAAGCGAAAAGCGGCAGGCAGAGCGGUGCUGAGGAGAGGACGGCGGGCUGCAGCGCCGAGGUUGUUCAGGAAGGAGAAGCUUCACAGCCUUUCGAAAUACGAAACUGAUUCCCAUGGAAACAUCCUCAUCCUCUGAUGACAGUUGUGACAGUUUUGGUUCUGAUAAUUUUGCAAAUACAAAAUGUAAAUUUAGGUCGGAUAUUAAAGAAGAACUGGCAAAAAUUUUUCAUGAGGCCUCUGAUGAUGAAUCUUUCUGUGGCUUUUCAGAAAAUGAGGUUCAAGAUGCAUUGAAAUUGGAAACAGAUUCAGAUGAGAAUGAUGCAAGUGCUGAAAGUGAGAUCGAUCAGAGAGGGCAGAAAUGCCCUGUUCCUCUGAAAGUAGCCAUGAAGUUUCCACCUCGAAGAUCGGAGAGGAGGAAGGGUGGCAUGGAACCUGUCCCUGAAACACCGAUGCCCACUCUAGAUUCAGACUCUGACACUGAAGAAAAUGGCGCUAUGUUUUUAGAAAAAAGAGCUUUAAACAUAAAGGAAAACAAAGCAAUGCUUGCAAAACUAAUGGCUGAGUUGCAAAAUGUUUCUGGUAUCUUUGGUGGGAGAAAAUCGUUGCCAGCUGUCAGUCAUCAGGGACCAAAGCGACUUCCAAGGCGUUCAUUGCCCAAAUGUGCCUUGAGGAGGAACCCAGACCGGAGUUCUCGGCCUCACACAAGGUCCAGGUCCUUGAUUGAAGGACCUCCUACUCUUGUACCAGAAGAGGAAGAAGAUGACAGGUACAUCUUGGUGAGAAGAAGAAAGAUGUCUGAUGAAUACCUGGAGCAUGAAGCCCCUACUCCCAGGAGGGGUCACCGUGGUGCCAUGGCUUUUCCACAUGUUGUGCGCCCAGUUGAGGACAUAACAGCAGAAGAGUUGGAUAAUAUCUGUGGAUCUGCAAGAGAAAAAGUGUAUAACAGGGCCAUGGGAUCCACCUGUCAUCAGUGUCGCCAAAAAACCAUAGACACCAAGACAAAUUGUCGUAACCCUGACUGCAUAGGCGUGCGGGGCCAGUUCUGUGGGCCGUGCCUCCGCAACAGAUACGGGGAGGAUGUCAGAACAGCACUGCUGGACCCGACAUGGAGGUGCCCCCCAUGUCGUGGAAUCUGCAACUGUAGCUUCUGCAGACAACGAGAUGGUCGAUGUGCCACAGGUGUCCUGGUCUAUCUGGCCAAGUACCAUGGCUUUGACAAUGUCCAUGCCUACUUAAAAAGUCUGAAACAAGAACUUGGAAUGGAAGACUGAAGCUGUGACUGCCUUUAAAUUACAUACUCUUUCACCAACAUAAUAUUAUUGCCUGCAGUGAAUUGUUUAAUCAAAUGAGAUUAUGAAGUGCCUUCUUCUGCUUCCCUUUCCUUUUGGGUAAAAAAGGAUAAAAACCUUUCAUUUAUUUCAGUAUAAAUCAUACUUGGGAAAACUGUUUAAUGCAGGUCUUCACCCACCGGCCAUUGUUUUCUCUUUAGACAACUUUGCAAAUCAGAUGGUAUCAGCUUUUUUCACUAUAGUAACUUCUUUUUCUUCCUGAAAGGAGAUGUGGCUUUAAGCCAUCAGUUUGACUCAUGCAGCAAUCUAUGCUGCAGGUUUACUUAUGCUCCAAAAUCGGUUACAAAAAGAUAGAGGUAUUCUGAAAACUUGGGGUGGUUUUCUCCACAGAACAAAGCAGCCAACUUCUGCAAUACAGGCACUUCAUGAUCAAAUGGAAUUGUCUCUGAAACAACAGCAUGUUCUUAAGUUCAAAAAGAAGCCCUAUAAGUCGCAGCUGAGCAGUCUCCAAGCACUAAUAUUUGGUUUUAUAGAGUACUAAAAGUUCACACUGGCCAUUUCAAGGGAGAUGCUCUGAAGUAAAAACUGCAGUAGACACCGUUUGACAUGGCACUUUGUGUUUUUGCUCAGAUGAGAGAAGGCCACUGCUGAAAGCUUCUACAGCACUAGCAUUGCCUACUGGUGACAGUGAUGGGAAUGUACUGGUAUAUGUUGUGUAGUGACCACUGUCUGAAACAGAAUAUUCCAUGUGUUAAAUUACUGUUUUGGUGGACUCUUUUCCCUGUUCCUGCUGCAGAUGCAGAACUGCUUUGCAGAGUCAGCAGUGGUCCUGGGGAAGAGGGAUACCUCCAGACCAGGGUUUGGUCAGGUAGAGGGGUGGCAGGUCGUGUAGUUGUUGGCUGUCUUUGAGUGGAUGAAAGGUUGUUUAGUUUUGUUAUCAGGAAAACAGGCAAUGAAUGUUUCUGUAUCUGGCUCUUUGUGAUUGUGGAAGGUUCUUUCACAUGACAUUUGUGAAAUGUAAGUACAGCAGAAACAGAGCUGAAGAUUUCUGAUACACUGAGCCCACAGGGGUCUCCUGUACUCUGUUGUAAAAAAGAAGGUGCCAUGAAAAUUUUAUCCAGAGAACCAUAAAGCGUGUAAAUGUGCUUAGUUUUGUUAUGGAAACUACUGUGCAGGCUUUGUAUAAGGUUUAGAAUGUAAUGCUAUAAAUAAUGUACAGUUGAACAGUAGAAGAAUCACCAUGGGUUUACACUGCUGUGCCUGUGCAGUAUUUGCACUGUGUGUAUACAAAAUGAUCCAUAGUUCAUACCUUUCUGGGAAUUGCAUCAGUGUGUAUGGGAGGGGAGGAGAGAGGAAUUUAGAAACAAGAGAUAUUUGUCUCAGACUUGCAGUUCUGUUUCAUAAAUCAUCUCUCCUAUUGAAAAUCUCCUGUCCUCUCUCAGUCUGUUUUUAUAGUGGGAAUAGCUGUGCAAUCUGAGGUAUGGAGAGUGCUCUUCCCUCUAGGUACAUUUUGUGAAGAAGGAACUCAUUUUUGAAAUACAUGUUCUGACAGAUAAAAGUGGUUGUGGUUUUUUUUUUUUCUUCCUAAUUGCUUGGCUUGCCUUCUGAUUGCUAGAGUGUGAAAGUACUGUGCUAAAAGCAGACCCUUGUGUUAUAUUACAGAGACUGCUGUAUUUAGAUUUACUCAGAUCUAUGCUGUUCUGUACAAAAAAUUUUAUUUUGAAAAUAAAAAUUUUCAGUUUUAGAAUA